UUCAUUUUGUUUUUCCGGGUGCGCUCCAUCUUCCAGCGUCCGACCAGGCUGUGGCAGAAACCGCAUCUUCCAUCUCCCCGCCGGGAAGAGCUCCAAAAAUAACCAAAUAUUAAUCGCUUCGAUUCUUACAUCCCUUUAUCUAAGAAGCUGUCAGAAUGACUGACUCCAAGUAUUUUACCACCAACAAAAAAGGUGAAAUCUUUGAGCUGAAGGCUGAGCUAAACAAUGAGAAGAAGGAGAAGAGGAAAGAGGCAGUGAAAAAAGUCAUUGCAGCCAUGACAGUGGGCAAGGAUGUCAGUUCCUUGUUUCCAGAUGUGGUAAACUGCAUGCAGACCGAUAACCUGGAGCUGAAGAAACUGGUUUACCUGUACCUUAUGAACUAUGCCAAGAGUCAACCUGACAUGGCCAUCAUGGCCGUUAACAGCUUUGUAAAGGACUGCGAGGAUCCAAACCCACUGAUCCGAGCUCUGGCUGUGCGUACAAUGGGCUGUAUUCGUGUGGAUAAGAUCACUGAGUACUUGUGCGAGCCUCUGCGAAAGUGUCUGAAGGAUGAAGACCCCUAUGUGAGGAAGACCGCCGCAGUGUGUGUGGCCAAACUUCAUGACAUCAACGCCCAGAUGGUGGAGGACCAGGGCUUCCUGGAUUCUCUCAGGGACCUGAUCGCUGACUCCAACCCCAUGGUUGUGGCAAAUGCAGUGGCUGCUCUGUCUGAGAUCAGUGAGUCUCACCCCAACAGCAACCUCCUGGACCUGAAUCCCCAGAACAUCAAUAAGCUCCUGACGGCCCUCAACGAGUGCACCGAGUGGGGCCAGAUCUUCAUCCUGGACUGCCUCUCCAACUACAACCCCAAAGACGAGCGUGAGGCCCAGAGUAUCUGUGAGCGUGUGACUCCACGUCUCUCUCAUGCUAACUCGGCUGUGGUGCUGUCGGCGGUGAAGGUGCUGAUGAAGUUUCUGGAGCUCCUGCCCAAAGACUCGGAUUACUACAACACUCUUCUGAAGAAGCUCUCUCCUCCCCUUGUCACGCUGUUGUCUGGGGAACCAGAGGUCCAAUAUGUGGCCCUCAGGAACAUUAACCUUAUUGUGCAGAAACGGCCUGAGAUCUUGAAGCAGGAGAUCAAAGUGUUCUUCGUCAAGUACAAUGACCCCAUCUACGUCAAGCUGGAGAAACUGGACAUUAUGAUCCGCCUGGCCUCUCAUGCCAACAUUGCCCAGGUACUGGCUGAACUGAAGGAGUAUGCCACUGAGGUGGAUGUAGAUUUUGUUCGGAAAGCCGUUCGAGCCAUCGGCCGUUGUGCCAUCAAAGUGGAGCAAUCAGCCGAGCGUUGUGUUAGCACCCUUCUGGACCUCAUCCAGACCAAAGUCAAUUAUGUUGUGCAAGAGGCCAUUGUGGUCAUCAGGGACAUCUUCCGCAAAUACCCCAACAAAUAUGAAAGCAUAAUUGCCACUCUGUGUGAAAACCUGGACUCUCUGGAUGAGCCCGACGCUCGAGCAGCCAUGAUCUGGAUUGUGGGCGAAUAUGCAGAGCGUAUCGACAAUGCUGAUGAGCUCCUGGAGAGUUUCCUUGAGGGCUUCCAUGAUGAAAGCACUCAGGUUCAGUUGACUCUCCUGACAGCCAUAGUGAAGCUGUUCCUGAAGAAGCCUUCAGAGACUCAAGAGCUGGUUCAGCAAGUGCUCAGUCUGGCCACUCAGGACUCUGAUAACCCUGACUUGCGUGAUCGUGGCUACAUCUACUGGCGUCUGCUGUCCACCGACCCCGUGACCGCUAAAGAGGUUGUGCUGUCUGAGAAGCCUCUGAUCUCAGAGGAGACGGACCUGAUUGAGCCCACCCUGUUGGACGAGCUCAUCUGCCACAUCGGCUCGCUGGCCUCCGUCUACCACAAACCCCCCACUGCCUUUGUGGAAGGAAGCCACGGCAUUCACCGUAAACAUCUGCCCAUCCAGCACGGCAGUAUCGACACCGGGGAGAGUCCAGUCAGUACUGGCCAAGCUGCUUCCAUCGAUCAACCCCAAGUUAUUCCAUCUCAGGGUGACCUCUUGGGAGACCUGCUUAAUCUGGACCUCGGUCCCCCCGUCAACGUCCCCCAGGUGUCUUCCAUGCAGAUGGGCGCUGUGGAUCUCCUUGGAGGUGGUCUGGACAGUUUGCUCGGGGGAGAUCUGGGAGGAGGUGUUGGGGGCAGUCCUGCAGUGGGCCAAAACUUUAUCCCGUCUUCGGUGCCCAACACUUUUGCGCCGUCUCCUACACCUGCUGCUCUCAGCAGUGGGCUCAAUGACCUGUUUGAGUUGUCCACAGGGAUGUCCAGUGCUACAGGAGGAUAUGUGACACCUAAAACUGUAUGGCUGCCAGCAGUCAAGGCCAAAGGACUGGAGAUAUCUGGAACCUUCUCUCGGCGUCAGGGACACAUGUACAUGGACAUGAACUUCACCAAUAAAGCCCUGCAGCACAUGACUGACUUUGCCAUCCAGUUCAACAAGAACAGUUUUGGAGUGAUCCCCACCACACCUCUCCCCGUUCACACUCCGCUGAUGCCCAGCCAAAGCAUCGACAUCUCCCUCCCUCUCAACACCAUCGGACCUGUGAUGAAGAUGGACCCACUAAACAACCUACAGGUGGCCGUGAAAAACAAUAUUGAUGUCUUCUACUUCAGCACGCUGAUCCCUCUCAACGUGUUCUUCGUGGAGGACGGCAAAAUGGAGCGUCAGGUGUUCUUGGCCACAUGGAAGGACAUUCCAAACGAGAAUGAGCUGCAGUACCAGAUCAAAGAGUGCCACUUAAAUGCAGAUACGGUGUCAGGCAAACUGCAGAACAACAAUAUCUACACGAUUGCCAAGAGGAACGUAGAAGGCCAGGACAUGCUGUAUCAGUCGCUCAAACUCACCAACGGGAUCUGGAUACUCGCCGAACUCCGCAUACAACCUGGCAAUCCCAAUUACACGCUGUCUCUCAAAUGCCGGGCUCCAGAAGUGUCUCAGUAUGUGUACCAGAUGUACGAUGCCACUCUGAAGAACUGAACGCCUCUAUCGUCCUUUUCUCUCUUUACAUAUUUGUCCCUUCCUCCCCAACCAGCCACCACCACCACCUCUGUGGCAGAGGAUCCAGCUCUCCAAUGUUUUCUGCCACUAUUUUAAAUCCAUCUAUAGGUACCAGUAUCCUCAAUGUGCCCACUAUGCGUGAAUCACACAUGUUCCGUUCUAGCCAAAUGUCUUGAUGUUGUUAAUAGUGUCGUAGGGAAUUUUGGAACACAGCUAUAUAUUUUUUAAUUGUUUGAAUGCAUUGUCAGUACUUCACCUUCCCAUGCCCUGUAUUUGUCAUCUUAUGCGAAGAAGGCAAGAGUAUACGUGUCAAAUCUUUAAACUGAAGCAAGUUAUGAAAGUUAUACUGUUUUAAUGGUAACCACUUAAAAAUCACUAUAUCCCCUGAAAUAGUACGUUUUUGAUAUACAUCAUGCGUUCUCUGAGAUGCUACUUCAUGCGAUUGUACAACAUUGCCAGCUAUCUAUUAGCCUUGCAUGCUUUGACCAACAUAAAACAUCACAUUCCUUUUAAUGUUUUGUCUAUCUUGUUCAGCUUAACCACUGUUGAACACGUCGACACUCCAUCAAUGUCUCAUAUCAUUGAAACUGCUAUGAGACAACUUAACGUGAUACAAAAAAAAGACUCAAAACAUGUUUUCUAUCAAUCUUGUAUAAGUGGGUCAUCUGAUAUUAAUUCCCAGACUGAAUCCAUCCAAAUGUGAUAUAUUGAGCUUGUGAAAGUGAGUCGGUUUUGUGCGGUAGUUUUUGGAGUGUUAGAAAUAUCUGUUUAACAUUAUUAUACAACCUCGCUCAGCUUUGGUUUACAAAUAAUACACUAACAUAUGGAUGCAAUAA